UCCGUCUGCGUGGGAAGGGGCGGGGCCAGGGUAGUAGAGUUUGGUGGCAGCGGAGGAAGAGUCCUCGAAUCUGUGGGAAACUCGGAAACAAGCUCACAUCUUCCUGUUGGAAACCUUCUAGCAACAGGAUGAGUCUGCAGUGGACUGCGGUUGCCACCUUCCUCUAUGCAGAGGUUUUUGUUGUGCUGCUUCUUUGCAUUCCCUUCAUUUCACCCAAAAGAUGGCAGAAGGUUUUCAAGUCCCGCCUGGUGGAGUUGGUAGUGACCUAUAGUAACACCUUCUUUGUGGUCCUCAUUGUCAUCCUUGUGUUGCUGUUCAUUGAUGCCGUACGUGAGAUUAGGAAGUAUGACGACGUGACAGAGAAGGUGAACCUCCAGAACAACCCCGGAGCCAUGGAACAUUUCCACAUGAAGCUUUUCCGUGCCCAGAGGAAUCUCUACAUUGCUGGUUUUUCCCUGCUGCUGUCCUUCCUACUUAGACGCCUGGUGACUCUCAUCUCCCAGCAGGCCACGCUGCUGGCCUCCAAUGAAGCCUUUAAAAAGCAGGCAGAGAGUGCUAGUGAGGCGGCCAAGAAGUACAUGGAAGAGAAUGCCGAGCUGAAGGAAACUGCAGGCGGGUCGACUGCCAGGGAGGUGAAGUUGAAGUUUAACAGUGACUUGGAGGCUGAUCUGCAAAAGCUGAAGGAUGAGCUGGCCAUCACUAAGCAAAAACUAGAGAAAGCUGAAAACGAGACUCUGGCCAUGCGGAAGCAGUCCGAGGGCCUGACCAAGGAGUAUGACCGCCUGUUGGAGGAGCACAUGAGACUGCAGGAGGAGAUAGAAGGUCCCACGGACAAGAAGGAGGAGUGAGGGCCCCUCCUUCCCACAUGUGGCUGUGGCCUGGCCCAAGCCCCCCGCUUCCUGAGAGCCGGGCCUCCCUCGGCACUUACUGCCCCGCCCCCCCACUGCUUAUAGUUCUUGUUCUCCUAGCACCGCACAGGGGACCAGAUUUCCACCUGCUCAGGACGAGCUUGCUGCUCGCCUGGCCAACCAGGUGCAAGGCGGGCACCUGGAACCCUUGCAAUGGGGCUUGCUUCCCACUGGGUUGAGCCCCUUUUUUGUUGCUCAUUGAUGUUCGGGGUUCUAAGGCUCCUUUUCUCUGGUCCUGCAGGAGGGUGGGUGGAGCAGGCAGAGUGGAGUUUCUCUUGGCAAUAAAGGUUGUUAUGAUGUC